AUCAAGACCCAACUGUUGUGAUUGGGACUGAGGGACAGUCCGUAAUCAUAUCAUGUGGCACUGAGCUGGACAUCAUAGCCGCCUCAGAGAAACACUGGUGCCGCUUGGACAGUGCAGGAUUUUGUCAGCCAGACACAAUCAUGAGUUCUAAAAAUAAAACCAGAGAGGAAUUCAAGAUCCUUGACAGUCAUGGCUCAUUCUCCCUGGAGAAGCACCAGCUGACACACAACGAUUCAGGAUUUUACCGACUCAUUCAGAUAUUUCCACAUCAGACAAAGGCCUGUGUAGUGGAACUCCAGGUUAAAGACAAACCCAAAUUUUUGCACAUCAGUCCCGUUCAGGACAGGCCAAAGCCAGACAAGCCUUUUGAGAUCAUGUGCCAGUAUUCCCAGGAGUUGCAGGAAUUUUGGAAAAAUUGGCUAUGUGACGAUUCAGAGUGUCCUGAGACAGUGAAGAGCGUAGACGAUAGGUUCAGGUCUGCCCUAGUACUGACUAUUGAUCACGUGGCUUGCUCAAAUAUUAGAUCUUUCCAGUGUUUGGCAAAGACGUCAGGGAGCACUGUAAGAUCCAGUGUUUACCAGAAACCUUUGAUCCAGAAUCCUGUUGUAAAUGUGGAAUUAUAUAAUGUAAAGAAUGGGACUGUAAAGGUCACUGCUUACAGCCAGCUUAAUCUCAUUUGUUUUAAACCUAACAGGUAUAAUUGGGACAGAUGGGAUGCAAGGUAUAAUGACUUUUAUUAUUAUGACCACACUUACUGGUGUAGAGUGAGUUACGAUCACUGUCUGCAAGUGAGAAAGAAUGUACUAGAGACAUUAACCUCAGUCACAUUAGAAAUAUGUGUGACGCCAAAUGAUGAUGGAACAACAUAUCGCUGCUCACCCGGGAAUAAAGAGGUUCGAAUUGUUGUCAUCGCACCUCCUCCUCAACGAGUCAUUCCAGCUGUGAGGCCCAUAACUCCCGGGAACGUUCUACCAAAAGCCAAUAGCGGCAUAGAGCAUGGAGUUGGCAUCAUAAUAGUAUUGACCAGCGUAAUACUUCUUAUCAUCAUUGUGUGUGUUACUGUCACCACAUGCAAGGGUCAAAGACUCAGACAAAGGUGCUGUGUGUUGUUUGUAAGGAGAACACCGCUGUCAGCAGUUAACGUCCAUGCAAAUAUGUACGCAAACUCAGUCGCCCAGUAUUACAGUCACCAUCGUCAUCAGGUUCCCCCACCUGAUAACCAGGCUGAAGGGGAUGAUAAGGAGACCUCAAGCAGCCUGGAUGAAGAGUUUGAGGAGUUGCCUGUUCGCCCAAAGACAGAGGACACAGAUUACGUCAGAGUUAACCCCUUAGGAGCUGCAAGGAACAGUGAAAAGUUUGGCCAAGGUGGGCUCCUGCCUUGUAAUUAUGACAACAUGUGUGGGGACGCUGCUCAGAGUAGCUCAGGGUGCGCUAACAACAUGGAAGAUGAUGAUGAUGAAGAUGAAGUCACCUACACUCACGUGAUCAUCAAACCCAAACACAGACUUUAGUAGCUGCAUGAGGAACUGUGGGAUGGUGGACAGCAUCAGCGUGAGGAUGAUGAUGAGCUGAGUGAAUUAUUCUGACAGGUCUGACUCGACUAUCUGUACUGCAUAUGACAGCUAAACAAUCUUAGUAGCUAACAUUGGCAGCAUAAGCUAAUAUUUUAUUUAUACAACACAGCAAACAUCUGUUUGCUUAAAAAGCUUACACAUUUUGUACUUCAAGCAGAAAAACUAGACAGUGCAGAUCAGCUGUGCAUGUACCAGAUCUGAUGCAGACUUUUGCAGGCUUUAAAGCAUAACAAUUCUACAUUAAACAUAUCAUACAUAUACAGUCAUAUAGUUUAUUUAGCUGUUGAUCUGUCUUUUCCAACCUCUGUGCAGAUCUGUCAGGCCGGCCAGGGGGUUAAGAAACAAUGUAAAACGUAAGGCCUUGUUUUUAUUUGCGAAACAGCUAAAAACUGGGGUGUGACUUCAGUAUUUUGAAUGAGGUUAGUGAUAAGCCGACUCCAGGUCAACCCUCACAAUCAAAGUCUACUGUUAAAAUUUGAGCAGGUUUAAUUCCACUUGUGUAUGGAGGGAGAUAUUCCUGAAUAGCAGGAUAUACACCUGGAGCAAUAAAGAUGACACAUACAGACUUCUGGCUUGUCUCUAAAACCUCAAUAAAGAAAAGGUUUUACAGUCCAUACUUUAACAAGGUCACUGACUGCUUUUUUUCUACUUAGAUUUUUUAUUAAUCUUUUACAUGUUAAAUAAUUGUUGUACAUACACUUAGGUUAACAAUACAUUUGACAGAUGAAUUAAGGUAGUGUCCAAAAUGUAACAAACAUACAGAUAAAAUAAAGUUAAGAAGAAAAUGCAUGUUGAGAGUUUACAUUCAAUGGUCAGUUUAUUCUAGCAGUUCCCAUCGUGUUAGAUGUUCCUCAUUGCUGUUUUAGGUCUUGAACAAUGUCCACUUCUGCCAUUUUCCAACCAGUUGUGUCUCUUGCAUUCUUAAAUGAUGCCAGUUUUUCCAUUAUGUAUAUUUCCUCUACUAUCUCUGUCCAUUGUUCUUGAGUAGGAGGUUCCACCUACAGCCAUUUCUUGGUAAUAGCUUUUUGCUAGCUAUUAGCAAUGUUUUGAGCAGGUACCUAUCUUUCUUUUGAACAUUUCCCUCAGUGAAGUUACAAAAAUAGAAUACCAUGUAAGUCAUAGCUAGAUCAUAUCCCAAUAUUUUCUGUAUAGCUUCAAAAUGUGUCAAUUUCCAUAACGGUAGAAUUUGUAGACAUUUCCAGAAUAUAUGUGUGUGGUCCACUUCUAAUGCUCCACAAUCUCUCCAGCAUGGAAGAUUUAUGUUUGAGUAAUUACUCUUAACCUAGGGUGUAAUAUAAUAUGUACUGUAUAUUCCACAUAUUUUGCCAAUGAUUAUCUAAAAUGUUUGUGUUGCGUUUUUUCCCAUUUUUCUUAUACAUAUUUGGUUGAAUGCUUAUUUGCCAUCAGUGCUUGGUAUAGUGUGGAUAUAAUUCUAGUUUCAGUAUCUUUGUACAAAUCAAUCAUAGUUUGAAUCACACUGUCUACUUCGAUGGAGGGGUCUCUUUUAAUUUCUUUCUUAUAGUAGACCCUUAGUAGUACCUACAGAAUUCAUGUUUGCCUAGAUCAUAUUUUUCCUUCAUAUUCUGGAAACACUCCAGUUCUCCAUCCUUCCCUAACGUGCACCAUGCCGUGAUUCCCUUGGUGACCCACUGUUUAAAACCCUUAUCAUAUCAAGAUGGCUUGAAAUUACUAUCAAAUGCUAUCCACUUUAGUAGAUAUGCAUCUUUCUUUAUCCUGUCUUUUAAUCAUUCCAAACCAUAAUUCAAAAAUCUAGUGGCAGAUUAGAUCUUUCAAUGUCAUCAAUGUCUUUUUGUGUCUCCUUAUUUAUCUUGUUGUAGUUUGCUUCGUAUAAUUUAGAUAACUCUUUAGUGAUAUUAACUCCCAAGUAUUUUCUUUUCUUUAGUUUCCAAUUGAGAUUAAAUAAAUCCUGGACUGUUGUUGAUGGUGUAUAGUUAAAUGCACGUGCACACAUGCAAAGGUCCGCCCAACACUGCUUGCAGCUUAAAUUAUAAAUAGUAUUCAACUUUAUAUAACACCAAGUUUGGGUACAAUGUAAAUCCAAUUAGCCAGGAGGAAAAGUUAAUGUGUGAUCCUCCGAUUACUUUGGAAGACACUGCCCAGAUAGCAAGACUACAUUGAAUAAAUAUUGAUUUUCCAUCUGAAUCAUCAGAAUGGUUGAGAUUGAAAUCUCAACCCUAAAUAAAUGUUGAAUCAAUAUUGCAGUACUGAUGAAAAACGACCAUGUAUGAGCGUGACAUUGGAAUAAUAUUGAUUUAUAGUUGCCCCGAUUAUACUUGAUUAAGCAUUGAUUUGUAGUUGAUUGGGUAACAACAACAAUGUUGAAAAAUCAUCUAUUUAUAGUUGACCAGAAAUGACAUGAUAUUGAAAAGCCAUUGAUUUAUAGUUGACCGGGAAACAUGAUUGAAAAGUCAUUGAAUUAUAGUUGACCGGGAAACAUGAUUGAAAAGUCAUUGAAUUAUAGUUGACCAUGAAACAGGAUUGAAAAGCCAUGGAUUUAUAGUUGACCGGGAAAUAUGAUUGAGAAAUCAUUGAAUUAUAGUCAACUGCCAGUCAGUCAGAACUGAAGAAGUCCUUUGGAUGAGGGACGAAACGUCUUCCAGUAUCUUCAACCAAGUCCAGUUGCCCUUGAUUUUAACCUUCGUUGGAUAACAUUGAAUUAUAGUUGACAGGGAAACAUGAUUGAAAAAUCAUCUAUUUAUAGUUGACCGGGAAAUGACGUGAUAAAAGCCAUGGAUUUAUAGUUGACCGGAAAAUACUAUAUGAUUGAAAAGUCAAUGCAGCAUUAUUGACCGGGAGACCAUCGCUUGGUGGAUCAACGUUCCUGAACCCCACACAUCUCACAAGUCCACAUCAGGUAAGCACAUAUUUAUUUAUCUAAUGUUUAAUUGUACCAAAUUUGUAGACAUUUAUCAUUUAUUGACAUUGUCUAACAUUAUAUGCAGUCAUAGACUAUAUACAAGUGUUUCAAUACCAUUUUAUACUGACAAAUAGCACAAUAUCCAAGCUCCAUCGUAUUAGGAUAAGUUACUUCUCUAGUAUAAAUGCUAACUUUAUCACCAGAAGAUAAUAUCCUGUACAGGACUGUAAAUUAUGUUAAAAACUGUAAUUUAUCUUUUCUCAGAUUUUGACUGCUUUGCGAAAUAUAUGCACACCUUUCUCAUGCUCGUAACUGAUCUUAGCUAAUGCCCCUGUCAUUUAACUUUAAAUAAGCCAGCUAACUUGAUACAUCUGUCAGUCUUCUACAAGUUUCAGCCUCCAGAUUCAAUCUAUGACUGCAUUUAAUGUUUGACAAUUUAAAUAAUAUUAAACUAUAAACAUCAAUGGAUUCCACCACAGCCA